GCGUUUGUGCGGGUUACCCAGCCGGACGAGCAUUGGCGGUGUGGUCCACGAGGACAAGGUCCUCCGCAUGGAGCAUCUCCACAUCUUCCAGGCAGGUCACAAGUUGGGGUGGGAACAAAUUAUGGCAGCGGACGAGUUGGUCAUCCACAUCCCAGGCUCCAAAACAGACAUCUACAACGACGGUUACAAGCUCAAUAUCAAACUGCGAGCAGGUGACACGCCGUCUGACAUCAACCCAAGUAUGGCUGAGGUGGCUGCGCCAUCCAAGCGCGGUCCGUCGGCCUUCAUCCUGGCAUAUUUAAUUGAAACUGAGCUCAACCUCCCCUCGAGGGAGGAUCUUACUUGCUUCCUUUAA